AUGGCCUAUCUGCCCGCCUUGCGGCUGGCGGCGCGGGAUGCCAUUGACGACGGCGUCUCCAAUCCGCGCGGCGAGAGCCUUGCCCGGCUGGCCGUCAUCUUCAUCUGCAUCUCCGGCAUCAUCGUCGUCGCCCGGCUGUGGACGCGGUAUUCGAGCAAGUCCCUUGGCCCCGACGACGCCCUAAUUGCGGGGUCCCUGGCACUUGCUAUCGUCAUGACCGUCACGUAUAACAAAGAGGCUAAGAACGGCUUCGGCCUCCACAGAGACCAGGUGGACUGGUACCACAAGAUGAUCGCCUUCAAGUGGUUCUUUGCCGCCCAGAUCCUCUACAAGAUCGCCACGUGCCUGACAAAGAUGUCCAUCUGCGCCCUGUACCUGCGCAUCUUCCCCAGCCGCCGCUUCCACUACGCCGUCUACACCGUCAUGGCCGUCACCAUCACGUACACCAUCAUUGCCGUCUUUCUCACCAUCUUUGCCUGUCACCCCAUCUCCAAGUCGUGGAACAAGAAGCUGGAAGGCACCUGCAUGAGCUCGCGGUCCAUCUGGUACUCCACCUCCAUCAUGAUCAUCCUGACCGACUUCUUCAUCAUCGUCCUGCCGCUCCACCACAUCCGCAGUCUCAAGCUGCCCCUGGUCAAGAAGAUACUGCUGACCGCCCUCUUCGGCCUCGGCGUCUUUUGCAUUCUCUGCACCAUCAUCCGCAUGGUCACCGUGUCACCUCGGACGACUGCCGCCGAUCAGAUCUACUACCAGGCCACCUCGAACAGCUGGACGUUCGUUGAGGUCAAUGUCGGCAUUAUCUGUGCCUGCCUCCCGAUUCUUCGGCUUCCUCUUUCCAAGUCGCUGAGGCAGAUACUCGGCCUCUCCGUCAAGGGAUCAACCAAUCGGUCAAAACCGACAGACGCCUACGUUCUGCACAGCGUCGGCAACGACGUCCGUUCCGGCCUGGCCUCGUCCAAGACCAACAACGAGAACGACAGCGUCAGGGAGCUGAUUUUCGACAAGCAUGGCAUCAAUGUCACUCGCGACUUCAGCACCAAGAUCACGUCCGACGUGGACGGCCAGGACCUACAGGUUCCAUCGCAUAAGAACUCAACUGACAAGGCCUGGUCGGUCGAGCCGGACGGCCCCAGCCACAAGCAUUGA